GUACCUUUCGCUCUUCGACCCCCCUCUCCCCCACGCAAAAACACGUGCACGCACACACAACCUUUCUAGUCUCCAUCUCCUCAAUCGCCCCAAGCAAACAUGGCUAAGAAGAAGGGCCAACGAUACCAGGGACGCGAGCGCCGCGAGAAUCGUGGACAGGGAGAGCGGGAAACCCAAAAGCUUCCAUUCAAAGCUCGUUGUUGGGAUCUCGGCCACUGCGACCGAAAGAGAUGUUCGGGGCAAAAAUUAAUGCGAGAGGGCUUGAUUCGAUCUAUGCCUCUUGACAAAAAGUUUAAUGGUGUUGUCAUCACGCCUGUUGGUAAAACAGUAGUAUCUCCAGCCGACAAAGAACUCAUGGAGAAGUAUGGUGCGGCGGUGGUCGAAUGUUCAUGGGCCCGGCUAGCAGACGUUCCCUUCCACAAAAUCGGUGGGAAAUGCGAACGGCUACUACCGUACCUUAUCGCCGCCAACACCGUCAACUAUGGGAAACCGUGGAGGCUGAAUUGCGCGGAAGCGCUUGCUGCUUGCUUUGUUAUCGGGGGUCAUACCGAUUGGGCCGAACAGAUUUUGGAACCAUUCCCCUACGGGGGGAGCUUCCUGGAAAUCAAUGGAGAGCUCUUGGAGAAGUAUGCCGCGUGCGCUGACGCCAACGACGUCAAGAGCGCUGAGGCCGAGUGGUUGGACAAACUCGACAAGGAAUACAAAGAGAGCCGUGAAGGAGGCGAAGAUCCUUGGAUGGGAGGCAAUUCCAAUCUCGCUUCCGUGUCCGCCCCCGGUAGCCGGGAGGCCACUGAAGAACCCAUGGAAUCUCAAAGCAGGUCGUAUGAGAUGCCUUCCUCGAGUGAGGAAGACGGGGAGAGAUAUCACGAGUACUUGAGGCAAAAGGCUUUACAGUCGAGAGAAUUCACCAAUCCUAAACCCACAAAGGUCAUAAAGGCGAGCAAGGUGGAUUCUGAUUCCGAUGAGGCCGCCUAUAGCGGUGAAGAGGAUGAUCUUGAUCGGGAUAAAAGCAUUUUUAACUCAGCCAGAGUCGGUGAGGACAAAGAGCCUUCCAUCAAACAUUCGAGCCAGAAGUAUCCCAGAACUUAUACGGCAUUCUUGUCUUCAAAGAAUAUUUCAGCAUCUGGAGGGCAAAGUGCAUGAUGGAACAAAAUGAUGAAAUUCCAAUUUCCUUGGUCGGUUUUAAAAAUAUCAAAAAGCUGUACGAUAAGGGUAGUUGUCUGAUUGUUUUCUCAUGGCGCUCGAACAUUUGUAUAUUCAAUCCAUAAAGUCAACGGGUAUGAUAUUA